AUGCCUCCACCCACACUCCCUACACCGUCCGCUGUGCCCCCUUCCGUCACAGUAACAAGGCUUCCGCUAACGCGACCGCCUAUGCCUCACAUCGCUUCCGCUAAUGCGACCUCCUAUGCCUUCAACCACACUCCCCCCUACAGCAUCGACUGUACUGCCAUCCGUCACACUAACAGCGCCUCCGCUAACGCGAACGCCUAUGCCCUCAACCAGACUCCCCCCUACAGCAUCGACUGUACUCCCAUCCAUUACAAUCACAGCGCUCCCGCUAACGCGAUCGCCUAUGCCUUCAACCACACUUCCCUCUAUAAAAUCAACUGCACUCCCUUCAGUUUCAGUCACAGCGCUACCGCUAAUCCGACCGCCUAUGUCUUCAUCCACACUCCCCCCUACAGCAUCCACUGCACUCCCAGCCAUUACACUCACACCGCUUCCGCUAACGCGUCAGCCUGUGCCCUCAACCGCGCACCUCUCCACCCGAUG